UGUUCUUAUUAUGAUAUACCAAGAAUAAUUCAAGCCAUGAUUUUAGGUUGAGGCAAAUGGGAGACACAUACUACCUUCUGUCUACCAACAUGAUAGUGUGUCAACAAAAUCCAAAGGAAUGUCUUUUCCUUUAGAAUCCAUAGUUUGGCUUAUUGUGUAAUCCAGUCAUUAGCUCAAUAGAAUCUUGUUGUAAACCCCCUGUGGUAUUUGGAUACCAUUAUGUGUGAAUGCUUUGUAUUGUGUGCAGUGAGGGAUAGAGUACUGGGAGAGUAUUUCAGAGUUGCACCUGCUCAAAGUGGUACAGUCAACUCCACAUACUGAUCUCAACUGGGUAAUUUUAAGGAUUGGUCAAUAAAGAUGGGGUAUGAGGUGACCCGCUUUGAUGGUGAGGUGGAUGAGGAACUCAUCUGUCCGAUCUGUAGUGCAGUGCUGGAGGACCCUCAGCAGGCACCAGAGUGUGAACAUGCUUUUUGUUCUACCUGCAUCCAAGAGUGGCUCUCACGUCAGCAGACCUGCCCUGUAGACCGUAAUCACAUAACUUCUCAGCAGCUCAAACCAGUGCCUCGUAUCCUGCGCAACCUCCUUGCCCGCCUCCAGAUCCACUGUGACAACGAGGGCUUUGGCUGUGCUUCCAUCGUCCGUCUAGACUCCUUGCAGCAGCACCUCCAAGAGUGUGAGCACAACCCCAAGCGUCCUGUGCACUGUGACAAAGGGUGUGGUAUGGUCAUCCCUAAGGAUGAGGUCAAGGAUCAUAAUUGCGUCCGGGAGCUGAGACUCCUGGUACAGAACCAGACCAACAAACUCAGCGAGCAGGAGACAGAGUUGACUGAGAUCCGCAGCCAACUUUCUGAGCAUCGUCGUGAGAUGCAGAUGCUCAAGGAGUACAUCCGUGCCAUACGCAUCUCCAACCCGAACACAAGUCCAUCAGUUCGUGCAAUCGAGGAUGAGAUUGAGAACAAUGAAGUGGUGCGAUGGGUGAACUCCAUGCCCCUUGCUCGUGUUACUCGCUGGGGCGGGAUGAUAUCAACGCCUGAUGUUGUACUUCAGACAGUCAUCAAGCGUUCUCUCCUGGAAAGUCACUGUCCAGCACACAUUGUUGCUGAACUCAUGGAGAAUGCACAUGAGCGCAACUGGCCACCAGGGCUUAGCACCCUGGAGACACGUCAGAUGAACCGUCACACCUAUGAACAAUACGUCUGUCGUAGGAUACCCAGUAAACAAGCAGUGCUAGUAAUGGCAUGUGAUAAUGCUCACAUGGGGGAAGAUUUCACAUUAGAUCCUGGUUUGGUCAUGAUCUUUGCACAUGGGAUAGAAUGAUCAAUUGAAAAAUCCAAGGUCACAUUGUAGAAUGCAAUAUUCCAUGGAAACAAUAGAAGAGAAAAGUGAACAAUCUCGACAAUUGAAGAAUUAUUGUAGUUUAUCCAGGUUUAUGCAAUAUUGCAGUUUAAACAGUACAUGCUCAAAUUGUGAUUUGGGUUUUGUGUCUCCUGAUUCUAGUUGGUCAUGCAUUUUAGUAUGUUUCAGGCUACAUGUAGCUGUGGAUAAUAGCUUCUUGAACAUGUAUGAUAUACAUUUGCCUUGAAGGGAAUCAAUUUGUUAUUUUCUCCACGUGUAGAGCUUUAUAGUUUCUUACAAUUUCAAAUUUGUGUUCUUUUACAGAGUUCAAAAUGUCAUUCUCAAAUAUGACAUUCAUUGCUGAUAAAGUUUGCUUUUCCCAUGUUAAUAAUCUAAUUAGAACCUACAAAACAUAUUUGCAUAUAUCUUUACCACUUAUUUAAAUCUAUUUUCUUAGCUGACUGAGCACUUGUAUGAUCCAGAAAGCAGUGAAACUGUGAAGAGCCAUUUUUACUAGAUUAAACGAACAUUGAUUAUGAGUAAUCAUCAAAGCUAAGGAAUGGUUGGCUAUUAAUUUUAUUAACAAGAGGGUAAUUAUUGUUUUUCAUAUGUGUCUUGCCUGUGGCUUUGCAAAUUUAUUUCAUUUUUCUGUGUUUUUCUGGCUUGCCGUAAUGUAUAAUAUAUAGAGGUAUAUCACUUGCGUAGUAAUCUAGAAUAAAGCUGAGCUUAUAAUCUGUUACAAAAUAAUUACUUAAGAUAUAAUGGCAUGUUAUGUGAGGUCAGGCUCCAAUGAGUAUGACAUACACACUACUAUUGGCAUCUGGUGCAUUGAAAUUGUUAAAAGAUAUGAUUAGGAUUUAAUUAUUUAAUUUCUAGAAACAAUGAGCUGAAGGCCAAAGUCAAAUAUCAUGCUUAGUUUUUGGGUUGGUUGCCACUACCUUCACAAACUAAGCCCACCUUGUUUAUUUCAAAGGUUUUGUCAUUGAACAAUAUUUCAGAGGUGUUUUUCUUUUUGAUUUGUAGCGGUCACCCCUAAAUCGGAGGGGGCAUCCCUUAGUAUGUUUGCCCAUUUACAAGGAAAUAUCUCUAAAAUAUUGUGUAUUAUGAUAAAAAUCUUUCAAAUAAACAAGGUUUGCUUAGUUUGUGAAGUAGUAGCAGGCAAACCCCUCUGUCUUUACUUUGGUCCUCCGCUUAAAUGUAUGUGUUUUUUUAUGAAUGAAAACAGAAUAGAAAAGGAAAAAAAA